AUGGCUCGCGAGCGCACGGAGGCCGCGGUGCGGCAGCUGCUCGCGGUGCAGAUCCGACCAGACGGCCUCGAGGCCGAGAUCUUGGCCAAGGUGCAGAACAGCCGGAAGCGCUUCACGCUGAAUCUGCAGCUCUUCGAUGAGAUCGUCGUCUCCGCCUCCGCCUGGUCCGUGGCCUUCCAUAAGGCGGCUGGCAGCAUGCAGAUGAGCCGCGGCGCGGAGAUCCCGGAGCUCCACUUUCAGGUGCGGAAACGGUGGCCGGAGCAGCUUUGGCCGCGACUCUCUCUGGAGGGUGAAGCGGGGCAAAGCGGGCUGACCUGCGGGCGAAGCGAAAGUUCUUAUUGCAGCUCCAGCGACUCCUGCGUGACUGCCUGCUCCCAGUGCCAGGGCUUCCCGGUGCAGUCCCAGCACUGCACCCGCCAGCUCAGCGAACUGCAGGCGGACUUCACGGAGGCGUCCUUCCGGGACGAGGAUGCUCGCGCGGAGGUCGUCGCCGGGCAGCUGCGCUGGGCAGCACGGGAGGAGCUGCUGCAUGCGCAGGCUUUCGCAGUCUGCUGGGCUGAGUCAGGGCGCAUGCAGCCGAAGCACUUGGUGUCGUGGGGCUUGCAACUGGCAGAUCCCUCGCCCUGGCUGCCAGUGCCCGAAACCUCCCUCAAAGGAACGCAUUUGCUGCUGGUCGUGCUUGAUUCGGUGCCAGCCGAGGACGAGCUCUGCGCAGGGCACGUGGCCGCAGCCGCUCGCGUGACCGAUCACUGGCGGCCGCUCGUGCACAAGGCGACCUUACUCUUUGAGGAUCAGGAUCCUCUUGCAGCGCAGCUGCGGGGCAACGCCAGCCUCGCCUUCCAGGCGGAUGCAACAGCACCCUCGCUGGCGUGGGAGCUGCACUGGGGCCGUCUGACCAGCACCGGCUGGGACGUCGUUGAGGAUCGCUCUCUCAUAGCAACAGUUGGUGCUGGCGCUGAAGAGGUGACACUCGAGGUCAUCAGCGGCGAUGACUCAGUCCGAGUGCCUCGACAUGCCACCCACUUCCUGGCUUUUGCUGUUGGAGAAGGCGGUUUCCGUACUGAUGCGGUGGCCGCGCUGCGGUUCAAAGACUGGCGCCCACCCACCGAGAUGCCGACGUCUUUUGUCGCGCAGGAGUUCAAAGACGUGGAUGGUCUGACGUCCUUUUCCUUCGACUUCCUGCCUGGUAACUGUACUGGUGACGAUGCUUGCGACCCUGGCACGCACUUCGUGCUCUACUGGGCACGUCGCGAGCGUGCAUUGCAAUCUGGAGCAGCAUGCUCCUCAAGAACCUGA